AUGGUGAUCUUUGAUGGAUGCGAGAAGUUGCCAAUUGUUGGAGCAAAUGCAAUUGUGUCAGUGGACAACAAUGCAGUGCCGCCUUUUAAAAAUGGACAAACAGUAACAUAUUCCUGUGUCAAGUGGAGUGCUCUUCAUAGCAGCGAUUUAUACAAAUUCGGAUUCAGUCAAACUGCGGAACCCACGGAUUUGGAAAGAUUUCAAAAUAUUUCGCUGAAGUGCCAGGGAAACAACGUUUGGUUUCCAGACACCAAAUAUUUGCCGCGUUGCGUCGAGUUCAGAGAAUGCAGAAAAACGAAGAACGGAACGGAUUAUCAUGGAGUGAAAUUCAACGUCACCGCAUCUGGACAACCAUGUUUACCAUGGAAAACUCAAACUGUGGAUUCCACCCCUGCACUGAAAUAUGAUGAACGCUUCCCGGUAGAUGAAACUGCGGCAAAUGCAAAGAACUAUUGCAGGAAUCCAUUAAGAAGGGCAGCCCCAUUUUGCAUCAUCGAUAAUGUAACUGCGCAAUGGGAAUACUGUGACAUCCCGGAAUGCGAAGACAUGAGAACUUUUGCUUGCGGCACGACGGUUCGAAAAGCUGAUGUUCUCGGAGUGACCGAUCGUCGAACACUUGCUGGAGACGAAUGUCAAUACUGGAAUACAAACAAUCCUCACAGCCUUUGGCCAGGUUUUGUGUUCGUAAUGCCGGACGAGAUCGAUGGCGUUGUUGCCAAUGUCGAACUGCGCUGCGCCGCAGCUGAGACGUCGUUCUCCGACGUGGCCAACAGCGCCUUUCCCUUCAUCUUGCCGUACCAGCGUUUGUUUCCUCAGUUGGCCCUUGGAACCCCGAGGUAG